CUCUAAGCAAGCAUCCGGGCCUUCCGUUUGGUUGGAGCGAUCGCUUGAGGUUGAAUCGAAAGGGUGAACUUCCAACCACUUUUUACCGACAAUUCACCCCUGAAACCCAUGGCAGCCUUAUGGAGAGGAAUACCCUAAGAUUCCUCUGCCUAUUUGCCUUUCUGAUUUUUCACAAUGUACAGUUAACGAAGGCUAUAAGCGAAGAAUGCGCCCAUGAAUGUAAUUUUGAUGAAGUAUGUUAUGCAGGUGUUUGUGUUAAAGGUUAUCUAAAAGAUACCUAUGACUAUUAUGGUGAUAGAUUAAGAUCUAAUGAAGAAUAUAAUCAAAAGAAUGGUUAUGACAAAGGCUACCUGGAUCGUCGGAAUGACAUUCCCAAGCGUGUAUAUGAAAACAGGGAAGCAAAUGUGGACAGUUCUGAACCUACCCUUGAAGACAGGACAUUAAUCAAAUCCUUGCCCUUGAAAGAUAUUUAUAAUGAUUACCGGUCUGAGUUAGGAGCUAGAAGGGGAUCAACAAGAGAAAAAUCCCAGCUGCCUCCACUUUCUUCUGAAAACUGGGACAGUAUUCGGGAUGAGGUUAGUGAAGGGGGGGACCACGAGGAGAAAGAGUCAUCUCUUUUACCUCCAGAGAGCGACUUCCCUAAAGCUAGCUUAUCUGAAGAUGGCUUGAGAAAGAAUGUGAUGCCUGAAGUGCAUCCCGACAGCACAUUGAUGGGGAAUGGGGAUGAACAUGGGGAUAUGGACAACCCAAAUGGUAAAGUCAUGAUUAAAGGUAUUGUCAAGAAAACAGAGAAAAACAUUGACCAAGGACCCAACCCAGAAAUCAACUACAAACAUGUCAAAGACUUCUUCAAGUCUCAGCAAGCCAGUUCUAUUGUUGAUGUGCCCAAGGCAGUGAAAAGGGAGGAGGAUGCAAAGCUUUUUAACACCAAGUUUGUAACUGUCACACAAGGCAAAACUGAUGAGGUUGACAAGGAGGAAGAUGUUUCAGGAAAAGAUAGAGGGACUGUGAAAAUUUCCUUGGACAAAAACCUAACUCGCAUGCAAGCCAUGGAGCUCCUACAGAUACUUGAGAAAGCUCUUUGGAUUAAACCCCCAACACCCAUGUUUACCUUUCUCAAGGUAACAGGUCAAGAUAUCAGUGCUCAGAUGAAGGAUAACAGCUACACCCAAGAAAGUGGCAAACAAGUUGCCAAAAGACUCAAUGAAGAUGGUUCAGUAAAGGAUGAGGUUUCAAAGCGUAUGAAUGUUCGCAUCAUUUCUGCUGAUGGUGAAGUACCAGAAAAACAUGACUCCCAGGCCGAGCCCAAGAAAGUGACCAAUGUCCAGCCAAAGUACUUCCUAGUCACUGUGACUGUUGUUGGUUGUGUAACUGGUGUCAUCCUUGCUGCUGUGGCUAUUUACUUGAUCAUGAAAAGGUAUAAUGAAACAAAGAAGUUCAAACCUGUGACUCUUCCUGGACAAGAGGCAGCUGCAGACUACCAGGAACUCUGUCGACAGCUGCGAGCAAAUCAAGGCUGGGACAGUGCCCCCGUGAAGUCUGGGUCUGGGCACAUGGAAAAAGAGAAAGGUCUUCUGGGUUCUGCCAAACCUCCAAAAUACACCUGGAGCGAGGAGCCUGUAGUACCUAAUAUGGACAUAUCAACUGGGCAUGUGGUCUUGUCCUAUAUGGAGGAUCAUUUGAGCAACAAGAAUCGUCUGAACAAAGAAUGGGAGGCCCUGUGUAACUAUGAGGCAGAACCCAGUGUCGCAGACCUUGGUAAACAGGACAAGAAUGUCAGGAAGAACCGCUACAGUGAUGUGCUGCCUUAUGAUCACAACAGAGUAUCACUCAGGGAAACAGCAAAUGCUACAGGAUCAGAUUACAUAAAUGCCAGUUUCAUAACUGACCAUGACCCUCGUAACCCCGCCUACAUCGCCACCCAAGGCCCACUAGCGCACACAGUAUCUGACUUCUGGCAGAUGGUGUGGGAGCAGGGUGUGGUUGUUAUUGUCAAUCUGACUCGACUCUCCGACCUUGGACUGCCUCAGUGUCACCGAUACUGGCCAGAAGACGGUCAUGAGACCUACCACAUUUAUGAGGUUCACCUGGUGUCUGAGCAUAUCUGGUGCGAUGAUUACCUUGUGCGAAGUUUCUACCUCAAAAAUCUUCAGACAAGCGAGACUCGUACAGUGACACAAUUCCACUUCCUCUCUUGGCCCGAUCUCAACGUACCAACCACACCCAAGCCCUUACUGGAGUUCAGGCGGAAGGUUAACAAGUGCUUCCGUGGCCGUUCAUGCCCGAUUGUUGUCCACUGCAGUGGGGGUGUUGGCCGGACGGGCUGCUACAUUCUUAUUGACCUGGUCCUCAACAAGAUGAUGAGAGGAGCAAAGGAGAUUGACAUAGCGGCCACCGUGGAACACUUACGAGACCAGAGACCACAUAUGGUCAAGACAAAGGCACAGUUCGAGUUUGCGUUGACGGCAGUUGCAGAGGAGGUUAACGCCAUUCUUCAAGCCUUGGCCAAGUAAAAUAAACAACGACAACAACAGCUAUAGUAAUAUUGAAAUAGUUCAGAGCAAAUCAAUUUAUUUAACUUUAUGGAGUAUAGCACAGACCAUCCAGAAAUCUCCAAAACGCGUCCGAAUGCAAAGACAAGCGAACUUCUUUAUCACUUUUUUAUCAUCUUAACAGGCAAAAGUUAUAUCUGUUACAAGGAACAAAUGGAUAUAAAAGCACUUGUUGGAUCGUUGUGCUACGCUCGAACGUUCAUGAUCGUGGGGAGGAUUUUAUUUUUAAUGUAUUAAUAGUUAAUUUCGCAGAUUAUCUGCUUAGGAAAUUCACUGUUAGCACUAGUGCUUGGGAGUAGUUCCAAGUGCUUGUGUCCAGUUAGCAACAGAAAGGUGUAGAUAUUUAUUUCUUUGUAUUAUCGUUUACAAGUCGUUCUUUGUGCAUGCGCGCAGCAAACUACACUGUUGUCGUUUUAAGACUCGAUGUUAACCUAUCUAGUUUCCCUGGCUAGCAGUUCAGUAGAACACCUUUUAAAACCUUCUGCAUGUUUGCCACUUUAAGUACGACUUGUAAAUAUCGAAAAAAACUCUUCGCAUUCAGAAUGCAGACAAAUUUUAAUUUCGGGAAAGGCUAGAAUCAUACUCUAGCGCAAAGCAUGUAAGGGCGAGAAUUAAAGAAUUACUGUAUAUUUGACACACAUAUAUCGAACAGGGAAGACAAAUAGGCAAAUAGUUGUAAAUCAAGAAUUUAAAUUACGUUAUUUUCAUGGUCCACCGUAUUUUAUUUUUCUACUUGAGGUAUGUACUAAGGAUUUGAUGAUGGAGUACGGUAAAUCACCUCUACUGAUGUUGUGUUCAACUAGCCCAAGAACUUCCAUUAAAAACAGGGGGCUCGGAUGUGACCCACUCCAUUGACCGUAGCUUUGGUUGCUUUGUUAGCAAUGACACGGUCUCCGGUGGCAUGCUACAUAGUUUUCAAUAGAGGCCUUACUAGAACAAUUCCUUCACUCAUGGGUAUUAUAAGGUUUUUUUGGGUACUAGCAGGUUUUCCCAGCAACUUUUGAGAGGCUUCAAAUCGAGGCUAUUGAUCUUAUCGUUUCUGCGUGAAGGGAAAAUCCGCCCAUACCCAGAGCAUAAAUCUACAUGUAUCAAUCACAAAAAAUAAUGUAGUUAUCACAUGGAUAAAUCGAGGUAAAUAAAUCAAAAGGUGGUGGUGUAAA